GUGACAGUUGGAAGAGAGUGGCAGUUGGUGCUGGGCAGCGGUGGCAUGAAGAGCUGCGCUUCUGGGGUCUCCUGUAAAACCAGCGGGUCCCAACGGCUGUGAGAACUGGUACUACUGUGGGCUUGAGCAGUGUGGUGAUGCAGAUUCCCUCCCACAAAGAGGUGGCACAGGAGGCAGUGCCUGUACUGAGACUGACGGGCAGUGGGUAAAGAGGAGGCUGUAACAGGCUGCUUGGAAGGAGAGCCUCUUUAGUGUGUGUAGAUGGUGAUAGCUCCAGGAAGAAGAUAUAGAAGUAGACUAUGAUGUUGUAAAUUCGGAAGGAAAGUUGCAUUUUAAAAUCAUGCACCGUGCAAAAGCUAAAGAAACAUCUGACUACGCAGACAAAAGGUCUCUCCAGGCAGAUGCUUUUAGAGAAGCACGUCGUCGUACUGCUGUCAGUCCUUUGCGCAGCAGCAGAGUGGCAACAAGUCAGCGGGAGCAUUUUAAAGAUCCAGAAUCUGUCACAGAUGAAUGGACUUUCAACAACACCAAACAGCAACAUGAGAUGCCACUAAGAUGCCCAAUACUCAUUAACCCUCAGAACAACUGUGGAAGGAAUGCAUAUCGGUGUAAAAAUAAAGCAUGGAUAUCAGGAUCCCAGUCAGCUACAGGUCCAGAAGUGAAUCGAAGCUUAAAACCAGAUAAAGUACAUUUCCAAGUCACGGAUGGAAUUUCAGAUACUCAUGAAAGCUACAAUGAAACAGCAACACACAAUGUAAGGAGUAAAAAUGAAACGAGUUUGAGAAUCCAGGCACAUACCUAUCCCCCGAAAUCACAUGGAGAGAAAAACAGAUCAGCUGUGAGUAGAGGAAGCAGUCCACAGAGUCAUUAUCAAAACAGACAUGGGAAUGUCUGGGUAUAUGUCCAACCAGGGGAGCACAGUGACACCACUCCUCACUGGGAGGAAGCUAAACUGCAGUCUGAGGCACUUAGGACAGCUGUGUCCUUGAGGCCACCACAGUCUCAGAGAGUCAUCAGAAGGCCUUCCGAUUGGACUGCUGUGAGCUCUUCAAGUACCAAAGAUAAAGUAUUACACAGACACAUCUCACAGUCUUUGGCCUUGCCAAACACACAUGCUUCCUUUGCUGACCUGAAAUGCAGAACAGAAACAAAUAAUACAUGGCAAGCAGAGUUUCUGACUCCUGGUAAAUAUAAGGACACAGAAACUGAGAGAAACAUUGUUCUUCAUGCUGGGAUGGUCUACAGAGUUGAAGAACAGGAAGAGGUUGUGGACAGAGUUCUAACUAAAAAAAUCAGCAAAAUGGCAAUAGAAGCAGAGGUGUCAAGUGCAUCCAAUUGGUACCUGAAAGAAUACAAUCGCAAAAAAGCAGAACACAAACUAUAUGAAGAAAGCAAAGAUGGAGUGUUCCUUGUGAGAGACAACAUUCAUGGUACAUUUGAUGAACCUUUCGUUUUAUCAGUGUUCUACAAUAAUAAAGUGUACCACAUCAAGAUUCGUUACCUAGAAGACCGUCAACAAUAUGCUCUUGGGACAGGCCUCAGAGGAAACCAUAAAUUCAGUUCUGUGGAGGAAAUGAUUAAAUUCCAUAAGGAAUUACCCCUGUUUCUUGUUGAUGGAAAAAGCAGAAGACAUUUUCAAGGUCAGCAAUGUUUUCUAACUCGACCACCUAUUCUGACUAACUAGAAGUCAUCACAGACUCUUCAAAUGAAUAUACAAUUAAUAAUGUUAAAUCAAUUAAAUCGAAUAAAUAUAAUGCAUAAGUAGAA